GGGAACUGUCGUGACUACGUCGUAGCAAAAAAAAACAACAACAAUACAGCAACAUUUAUUUCGAGCACCAAGAGAUCUCACCACAUUUUUAUCAUUUCUACCCUGCGAGAUCUGAUUCUUAGGAGAAACCAAAAGCAAGAAUGUCACCUGAACGGACUGUGACCCCCAAUUUGCUCUUCAAGGACCUUGAUGGCCUUUAUAUCAGCAGCUUCCUCAACGAGGAAACUGUGCGGUCCGCUCUGUCCUACAAGCCCCGAUGCGACGACAUCUUCAUUGUGACCUACCAAAAGGCCGGCACCACUUGGACUCAAUAUAUUGUGCACUCCAUAUUGAACGACGGUUCUCUUCCGAAGGACAUGGCAGAUUUCAUGCUGAGGUCACCUUGGUUAGAGUUUUUGGGCCCCGAAGCUGUAGAGAAGAUGGUGCGACCCGGUGCCAUUAAAUGCCACCUUCCCUUCCACAAGCAUCCUUACUCGGAGAAGGCGAAGUACAUCUACGUGACUCGAAACCCGUAUGACUGCUGUGUGUCUUUUUACUACCACGUCAGAAGUAUACCUCAUUACAGGCUGCAGGACGCUCCAUUCGACGUAUUCCUCGACUCUUUUCUCAAGGGACAAGUUGGCUGCGGAGACUUCUUUGAUCACUUGCUGUCGUGGUACGAGCAUCGAAACGACUCGAAUGUCCUCUUCUUGAGAUACGAAGAUCUCAUCAAGGAUAUCAAAUCUUCAGUGCUGAAGAUUGCUGACUUCCUCGGCAAAGGAUACGGGCAAAGGCUGAGGGAGGACCAUUUCUUGUUUGACAAAGUGGUAAAAACAACCAGCUUUGAGAGCAUGAAAAAACCAAUCAACGACGGCAUGAAGGAUCUGGCAUCCAGUUUUCUUUCAAUUUCACCUGAGAAUCAGCAUAAAUCGAUACAGGUGUUCAAUCAUAGGUUUUGUGGCAAGCAAGACUUGAAGCCUAAGGAGGAAUUUCUUCGGAAGGGCAUUGUCGGGGAUUACAAGAAUCAUUUCUCGGCUGAACAGAUUGGACGGAUGAAGGAGUGGAUCGCGUCUAAGAAUGAAGGAAGCGUCUUGAUGAACUUGUGGAAUGAUAUUGACCUUCCUUGA